CGUUCGACGGAGGAUUCCAGGCCGCUGGCAACAUCCGCCGCUCAACCCUGAACUCCAGCGCUGGAAUCGCCGGGCCGACGCGUCAGCGCGGCGCGGACCAGACGCACAUAGAUCACCACAGAGAAGACCCAGGCCCAUCAAGUCGAGCGAUUCAUCAGGGACUCACGCUUUAGAUGUCUCGCAACUUUCCCCGCACAAGAGUUACUAGAUUCGCGGUGUUGAAAUCCCACGAAUGAUGUUUCGGGACGAUUCCAAGGUACCCCCCCUGAGCACCGCCGUGGGCGCGACGAUGGCGCGGGGCCCCGAAACGAACCAGCCGGCAGCCGUGCACCACCAUGUUUCCUGCAACGCCCCGCCGCCCAGCCGGCGAGCUCUGUCUGCGGGUAGCCGAACUGCGGCCUCGUCGGCGCGCUUGGACCCGAGGGUGGCCCGCAGCUGCCGCGCGGUGGCGCGGCGGACUGCGCAGCUGAGCUCCGCGCCCCAGCGGCGAACCAGCGCGCACGCGGCCGCCUCGGCCUCCGGCCCGCCCCCGAGCGCCUAGUCCCAGUCCCAGGCGAGCCAGCGCAGGUGGCGCAGGGGCGCCAGGCCCAGGCGGCCGGCCAUCUCCUGGGCCAGCGGGAGCAACGGCCAAGGGGCCCGCCGCUCGGGAAGCAGCGGCGCUGAUCCGCGUCCCGCUCGGCGGCGACAGCGCCUUCGGCUCCUGGAGAUUCGCCCCCUGGAGUCCCGCCUCCUCGGGGACAGGCUCCGCUCAUGGCGCCGGGUGGCUCGCGAGGCCCAGCUCCAUCUCGCGGGCCCCGCCGGGUGUCGCCGCGGCCCUCGGGGACGCCCUCGGGGACGCCCCGGCCCCGCCAUCCGCGCCCCCGAACGUGUCCAGGUGCCUCUCCUCGUAGUCGAAGUCGAUCGCCGGCGCGCUCGAGGUCGAGGUCUUUCCAGAAAUAAUAGUUCAUGAGAGCCGUAACCAGGCAGGCGAUGUUCAAGAUCGUGAUCUUCAUUACGUCGGCCUGCUGCGAGGACAUGUAAGCCCAUUUGGUGUACUUCGUGAUUGACUUCGUUUGCUCGUACAAGGGAGUUCCCUUCUCGAAGACCUCAAUUGCUUUCGGGGCCACCUCAGAGCAGAUGAGCAAGAGUCUAACACCAACAAAUUUCAUGUUGGCAUCAUACUCACCUCGGGACUUCUUACCAAGCUUGUCCGAAAUGAUGAAUGUCCAAGUCAUGAUGACCAUCGCAAUUGGAUAUGCUAAGAAUAGUCAGGAAUAAGAAAGUGAUGCCAAUGAGGCCUACGAAGGCAUUCAGCAGGUCCCCCAGAAACUUUACGUCUGGGUCGUCUAUGUCAUAAUUCCUACUCAGUCUGACGUGCGUAACCAAACAUAUGCCAAUAACGACGACCGCUCGCAAAAUACCUGCAGCAAUGUAAAUCCAAAUCCCCAAAAAGCCUCCAUAACGGAUGAGGCGUUUGUACUCUCUGGCUAGCUUCUGCAUGGUCUCGGUUUCAUGACCCUUGAUGAUGGCAGUGUGCAUGAGCAAGGAGCUAAUUAUUCGGGUAAAACAAUAAAUCGCUGUGAACUGAGUAAAGAUUGCGGUGUGAAGGCUGAUUUGGACGAACAGGGUCUCCAGCCCCUGAGCUGGCAGGAAAUGCGUCACCUGAUACUCUGGCGCCGUUCCGAUCAUGAUCUCCCACACGCUGAUGUUCGCGAGCAUCAACUCUAUACAAAACACACCCGGGAGCACCACUAUCCACAUCAGCCAGUUGACCCGCCUCGGAAGAUGCCAAGAAUACGCCUUCCAUAGCUCGUUCUUCCUGGAUGCUCGGUGCGAUGGGAUGACCAACAACACCCAGCAAUGGUACAUGCUGAUCAGGACUACCGCUAAUCCUGACAGCUGGCCGAAUAUGCUGAGCACCUUAAUAGGAAGUUUGAUGUUGAGGCUCUCCUUGAAGUCCAUAAAAUUCCUAUCCGGGCAUUUUUCGUGUUUCGGACAUCCGUCCUGCUCUAACUCUGUAAAGUUGUUGAAUAUGAUUUGUAGGUUCUCGUCUAUCUGCCACUGGGGCACGAACACGCAGUCCUUGAUGAAGAUGCCCAGCGAGACCAUCACAAAGAAAAAAGCCCCCGCGAAGAAGAGAGUGUACCACUGCACCACAACGGCGCCGCGCCGGAGCAGACGGUGCAGCAGGACCUGCACCCGCUUUCGCCUCGAGAUCUGGCGCCAUAGCGCCACACCCAGCAGGAAGAGAAAGAACCAGAUCGAGAUUCUGUGGGGGUGCAUGCGGGCCUGCAGGGAGCCACGACGGGCGCCCCGCCGCGCGCGGGGGCGGCGCACGGCCGCCCCCCGAUCCGAGCCGCGGGGGGCGGCCCUCGAGCCGAGGCGGCU